CUUCCCAGCUCUGGAGUCAAGUGGGACCUAAAUCAGGAGGAGACAGAAGAAUGGCAAGAGGCCAGAUGGUUCAUGCUGGAAUGAAGACUCUUUUCUUGCUCCUCCUCCUGGACCUGACUAACUUCUCCCAGGCUUUCCACUUCUGGAAUUACCACGUGGACUAUCCCAAGACCCAGGUCUCAGGAACACCAGAUCAAUAUUGUAAUGUGAUAAUGCAACGGAGGGGGAUGAUUACACGGAAUCACUGCUUUCAAAUUAAUGCGUUCAUCCACGAGACAAACAGCACUCUCCAAAAUAUCUGUAAAACUAGCCCAAAGACUUGUGGAGGUCCCAGUUGGUUACUAUGUCAUGAAAGUUCCAAACCAUUGAAGUUGACAUAUUGCUCUACACAGUCUUAUGCCCGGCCCCCUAACUGUGGGUAUAAGGCACAGGCCUUUUCUGAAAAGAUCUUGGUAGUUUGUGUACGUGGAUCCCCUAUCUACUUGUUCCAAACCUAAGCCUUCCAUGUGGUGAUCCCACUUAUCCAUGACAAUUUUUCCUCUAGUCUUACUCUGUGCUCCCCCCCCCCCCCCGCCCCACUCAUCUGGAAGCCUCCACUUCAUUCAAAUUUCAACUGCUUGCCUGAAUUUCUCACCUUUCCUGUAUUCUGAUAAAAUAGAAUCGUCUUAAAGGCAGAGAUCCCUCCAUUUUUGUUUUUGUAUCUCCUUCGCUUGGUACAUAAUGAAUACUUGAUAAAUAUUUGAUGUUUGAUUGAUUCUUCAUCCAGCUGAUUUUUAUGUGGGCCUUGAUUAUAGAAUGGGGUACUAGAAUUAAAGAUUUCAAAACAGCCUCAAUUCUAUCAAUUUCUAUAUUUUUUGAGGGGGUCUUUCUUUUUAUCUGAAUUCUGUCAGCAGGGGACCAAUAUUUUUUUUAAGUAUUCCUACUUUUUAUUUUAAAAAUUUUUUUAUUUUCAGUUCCAAAUGCCCUCCCUUCUUCCACUUCCUCCCUUACCCAUUUAGAAGGCAAGAAAUAUGUAACUCAUACAUACGAAGUCACAUAAAACAAACUUCCAUGUUAGCCAGAGCCAGUCUUUUGUAAGAACUCUUGGCAUUGCACUUGUUCCCUUAUUUUCUCUUCUUGUAUCCUCAGUAAUGAAUGGAGCUGUGAAGUAAGGGUGAAAAAGAUGUUGGUAGAGGUGACUGGUAUGAUUUUUACUCUACAGACAUUUUAUGUACCUCAAAUGUGUUGGAUAGAGUUUUUUUCUCCAGCAUUUCACUUUCAAUAAAUUUAAUUGUACUGAUUUAGUGUCUAUGAAUCUUGAAUUUUCUUUCACUCCCUCUCUUUAUG